GCAAAUUAAACAGCAUGUGUGUGCUUGUUCAGCCGAUUUGAUUUCUUUGUAACCAUCUGUAUUUCUGAAUUUCGACGAAUAGCUUACUAGUCUAUGCUCUUCCUGUUGGUCGGUGCGACGGGUGUGCGGGGCUUUUUUCAUCUAUUUGUCGAGUUCAAGUUCUUGCAAAACGUGAAAAUUUUAAAGUCGUGUAUUUUGUUUAAACGACAACUGCUACAGAAUUAUCUGUAAAUAAUUAUUUCCAUGUACUGUUCUUUACAAAUAAGUAUUUACCGUAUCUAAAGCUAAGACGACUUUCACCGGAUAGGUACAUCGAUAAUUUGGGAAAGCAGGGGUGCUUGUAAAUUAAAAAAAAAAUUGCCAUGUAUCCGUGGUCAGUUACUAAUAAAAUAUCACUGUGAGGUACAAUCAGGGACAUUGUGGUUCGUUUAAGUGACAAAGCAAACGCGUCGACUCUCAUUCGAGACUAUUAUCCCAUUCGUGAUUACGUUGGGUCGGGAACUGGCCACUCGGCUUAGUCGUCGCGGGGACUCCAAAGCGGUAAAUACGGAGGCGCAGAUCCUGCUUCGCAUCAUUUAUCGUCAGGAUUGCGAUUUAAAAAUGGUGCAGCAAGAUUUGACUUAGAAACUGUGACCAGUGCUGCACAUGUGACAGUAAUGGCUUGGGGUGGCUCACGUGUGUGAGCUCUGAUCGUGCAACAGACCUCUGGAAGUCAAGUGCGGUGUUGUGUAGUGUCUAGUCAGAGUGAAUUUGUGUUUGUGAAGAUAGAGUCGGAAUGCCCUCCGUGAUGUUGUCGGCAGUGCUUGAAGAGGAGCCUGAUCUCUAUGAGGCGUUCCCACCACAUGUUGACCCAAGCGGAAUUACAAUACUCACUGACAGUCCACCAGGCAAGAAAGCACCCCUUAAAAACUUCGAAGAGAUCCAACCGCUGAUUCAGCAAGGUCGCAAGCGCGAGCUCAAGCUGAUCAUCAGAGAAAAUUCCUGGCCGAUCAACAGCCCGGUCCGAGCAUCGCUUUGGCCCGCUCUCUGCAGGCAACAUCAACAUGGGAAGUCUAUGCUCGACGGCUUCUACUGGGACAUGGUCACACAGGUAUUCGGCACAGUGGAGCUGCCGGACAAGCCGAUUAUGUUGCCGCCCUUCGUGGAGGCGACCCACUGCCUAGGGUACCAUCUAACCCGCAAGGGUAGGGCCGUAGCCGACAGAGUUGUGUCCGUGCUCGGAUACGCCUGUCCAGAUAUCACGUACAGCCCCAGUCUUUAUCCCAUCACCGCCGCUUUACUUCACUUCAUGCCUGAAGAGGAAUGCUACCACUGCAUGGCGAGUCUGGUAGCGUCGAAGGAGAAAAUGUUCAUAACACAAACGAAGCUACUGAACGAGGUAACCUGGAAGACUGUCAUGCAGAUCGCCAAGAAACAUGCCAAGUCGGCGGCGCAACACCUGUCGCGGCUCUCCGGCGCCAUUGGCCCCGAGAGGAUCUACGCGGACUGGCAAUGGUGGAUCCUGGCCGCCCUUCCGUUCCCUCACCUUGUACGAGUAUUGGAUUGCUUCUUUCACGAGGGCAUCAAGGUAUUCUACAGGGUAGCCCUGGCGAUCCUUAUCUUGUUCCACAAGCACACAACGAACCAGAACUCUGAGUGGUACGCCGAAGCCACCAAGAACGGUGUGGACCACGCCAUCGACAAAUUCUGCAGGAACAUGCCCGUUUCGCCCACCAAGCUGCUAAGGACAGCGUUUACCAUACGCGCCUUGAGUUCGCAAUACAUAUCGCGGGUGUUCAUAAAAACGGAGAUGACACUGAAGUCGAAGCAAGUGAUCACCGGCUCGAGGCUGGUCAGGUCUCGGUCCUCGGACAACUUGCCAACGAGCCAGUCGCAGGUCAACAUACAGAUGAUGUCACACACGCUGACCAUACGAGAGAGAAUGUCUGAGGAAACGUGCAAACAGAUGGGGUCACACUCGCCGGGCCCACGCGCCUUGUCGAUGGGCGUUUACCCAAUACAGUCGAUCAAGUCGCAGAUUCUUGACCAGAGCGAAUUGUUCACAUUAUGGUCGUGGUUGCCGGUUCGCAUAACGAUGUACCAACCAGUGUUGCUAUACACGACCGAGGAGCACGGAUGCUCAUUGACGACAUUCUACGUGCGAGUGGAACACCAUGAGCCGACCUUACUCAUGAUCAAGACCUGUAACAACGAGGUAUUCGGAGCGUAUUGUUCGACGCGCUGGUUCGAACGCAACCAGAAAGACGAACGUGGUAACAGACAAGCGUACUUCGGGACAGGAGAGACAUUCCUCUUCAGCCUCCAGCCCACCCGCGCCAAGUACCCCUGGGUCGGCUGCCUCGAGGACAACCAAGAAGACAAGACGCCCCACGCCAACUCGCUCUUCAUGGCCGCCGAUAAUACAAUGAUCACGAUCGGCGGAGGGUACGUGCCUCUGCACCGCAUGCUGUGUGUCUGUGGCUCCCGGAACGAACCAGUGCUGUCUAUGUGUCUGUCCCGAACAACUCUAACUGGUCGUCUCACUGAACUUGUGCGUUUCGCAGGGACGGCCAAGCGAUAUGGAUGGACGAGAACAUAAGGUACGGCAAGACGGACCGCUGCUCUACGUUCAACAACCCGCCGCUGUGCCCCAGCGGAGACUUCGAGAUACGAGUGCUCGAGGUGUACGGGUUCGCCGGAGCGUAGGCGCGCGGCGUGCGUCCCGCCCUUAAUGAACUUGAAUCGGAGUGUAAUAAUCUCGGUGCGCGUGCAGUGGUGUGUGUGUGGUCAGCGCGGCGGGGUAUCAUACAUCUGAAAAAAUCUAAACGAUCUCGCUGUUUCAUUACGAAAUAUUUAAUGCAAUUAAUUUUAUAGUUGUCAAAUAAUAAUAUUAUACGAAUAUUUGCAUGAUCCAAUUCGACAGUUCGCCUCAGGAGCGACUAGUCCGGAAGCCGCCUCGCCCGGUCCCCGCCGCGGCCACAGACUGUGUAGAUGUAUUCCUGUAUUUAUUGCGUACGAAUCGUCGACGUGUGCCCCCUGUAGUUAUCCUAAUGUAACACGACUGUCCGUCGAAGACAACGAAAACGGGGAAACUAGGUUGUUUAACAAUACAUAAACAAAUUUAUAUAUACAUAUAUAUUUACUCGUGUUUAAAUUGUCUGCGUGCAAGUACAAAUUGUAUCGUGUCUAUUCUGGUUAGUUUCGUACCCGCUUUAUGUCGGGCCCGGCCGCGCGGAGGAACGCGACGUUCAGCUGACGACUUCGUAGUCAACAUUCCAGUGAGCAGGCUUCUUCUAUGUACAAUCACACUCAGUCUAAAUAAUCCUAGUUGUUGUAUUUUCGUUAACUUUUCGAGAAAUAAAAAAAAAUACAAUUGGCUUAAACGCGUGUACCAUAAGUUCUUUAGUAGUAUUUUAAAAAAAAAUUGUAAUUGACACAAACGCAAUCCGGCUUGAAUAAGCAGCCUUAAUGAUUCUAACCUCAAUAUAUAUUUUAAUGGUCGCCACGUAACUUAAUUGUUCGUGGAAUUCGGCGCGAAUAUCAGUAUUUUUUUAGAGCGAGACGCCUCCGUCCCGUUUCUAAUUUAUUAAGAUUUAUUAAUUAUUAUACUCGAACAGUAAAAUAUGAAUGUCGUUGCUCACAAAAAUGUACCAAAGAAUUAUUUGAUUAGUAGAAUAUAUUCGUCUUCCUGUUGCAACAUUUCCGUUUGACAAUACAGACCACAGACAGUAUUAGUACCAGAACAAUUAAAAAAAUAUAUGUUUAUCUAUUAAAAGGCGGCGCUAGUGCGUUCUGUGGUCUGAAUCGUGAUGCCGUUUGACUUCAAAACGUUCAGAAGAAUAAAACGGGAACAACAUUGACGAACUUAAAAUGUUGUCGAUUGUAUUAAGAACAUUAUUAAUGCAUUACCAUACGAUGAUGAAAUUUUAAACUAAACUGUUCUAUGAAGGUUUUUUUUUACAUAUAUAGUAUUAUGGAUUUUCCUAUUUCAAUGGGUCAUGUGCCAAAAUUGGACCAUUCGUUGAAUCAUGGAUCGGUGUUUAAAAAGUAUUGGAAAGUUUUUUUUUAAUUUUUUCUGCAUUGACGAAACGUAGGUGGAUUAAAAUUAGGUUUCUCUGUAAGUUUAAAUUAAAAUAGUGUAAAAUUAAGAGUAGUUUCGUUUUAUUUUUGUCACAACGUCUGAAACAUAUCCGUGUUGGUACAAAAUAGUUGCGCGUUCGUAUCGCCCGCGGCUUUUCCUGUCUUUUUGUGUAAAUAUAUUCCUUCCGGCGCUCUCCUGUGCUGUGCCUGAUUUGAGCUACCAACUGUAGCGUUUGGAAGCCGUAUGUAGGUGACUACGUACGACAUUAAUCAUAAUCCUAAGACUUGUUUUUAAAUUCAGAUUAUUUAUGUAAUUUAUUGAAUAGGUAACAAGUUUUUUUUUUAAAUGUAUAAUGUACCUUUACAAAGCGCCUCUGUGCGGACUAUUUUAUUAUAACGCUGUUCGAUUUGAUUCUAUAAUAUGCCUUUUAAUGAAAUGUGACUUGGCCCACGCUGUAUGUUGGUUGAAUGUGGUCUGUCGCGGUAGCUUGUGGCUCGGAGUCCGCACACGGGCGCCUCGGCCUGUUGCUGUUAGCCAAUUUAACGUUAAUCAGUGUAAAGUCUAGUCUUUAUCCUGUUUUUUUAUUAUUAUUAUCUCUAACGAUGUAAUAUUAUCUAAAUAUUUACGAAUUGAUAUUUAAAAAGCGAAAUAUUUAAAUUUCGCGCGUUUUAUGUCCCGAUGUAGGGACGCGUAGGCUCGUGGUUAGAGUUAUUUGUAAAUUUAAUGUAUAACGUUAUAAAAAGUUAUUAAUCUCCAUUGUCCGUUUUCAGUAUUCGUGGAGUUGUUUCGUUUGCGUGGUCGUACGUUUUUUUUGAUCCACGUAAAUUGACGUGACUGUGUGUUUGUAGAGGCGCAUUCGUUUCGCGCCGUCCCGCUGCGGAGAGUGUGAGAUGCGCUUUUGUUACAUUGUACUGUUACAUUCGAAUAGAUGUAGACUGUUUCGUCGGUCGCGGGGCUAAAAUUCGUUUAUGGUAAUGUAAAUGUUGCUUUAUAAUGUCUACAAAAUAUAUAAUCCCAUACGAUGAA